CAACUCUCAACUCUCAACUCUCGUGCACCCAAUCAAUAUGUGUUCUUUGAUCAUUACUCAAGGAGCCUCUUCCUCUUCCUCUUCUUCUUCCACCAUCUCAUCGGAAUAUGAUGUCUUCCUGAGUUUCAGGGGUGAAGAUACACGCCACAACUUUACAGAUCAUCUGUACAACAAUUUGGUUCAGAAGGGAAUUACGACCUUCAUAGAUGAUGACCUUAGAAGAGGAGAAGAUAUAUCAUUGGCGCUUCUCAAAGCCAUUGAACAGUCGAGGAGUUCUAUCAUUGUAAUCUCACAAAAUUAUGCAUCAUCGACUUGGUGCUUGGACGAACUGGUUAAGAUCCUCCAAUGCAAAGAAUCAAAGCAACAAAUGGUUUGGCCAAUUUUUUACAAAGUGGAGCCGUCCGAUGUACGGAACCAAACUGGUUGCUUUGGUGAGGCAUUUGCUUACCAUGAAUGCAGAUUCAAGAAUAAUAUGGAGAAGGUGUUGAGAUGGAAGAAAGCUCUAAGGGAAGCAGCCAAUCUGUCUGGGUGGACCUUAGCUGACAGGCAUGAAUAUAAAUUUAUUCAUGAUAUCGUUGAAGUGGUUUCACUACAAGUAGUAAAUUGUACAUAUUUGAAUGUGGCGAAAUACCCAGUUGGAAUACAGUCUCGUUUGCAAGAUAUGAAUGAGCUCUUAUGUGUAGGGGAGACUGAUAUUCGCAUGAUAGGGGUAUGGGGAACUGGUGGUAUAGGUAAGACCACAAUUGUUAAAGCUGUGUACAAUUCAAUCAUUCAUAAGUUUGAAGGUGGGUGCUUUUUGGAAAGUGUUAGAGAAAGAUCAAUUCCUUAUGGAGGCCUAGUGGAACUACAAAAUUGUCUUCUUUCUACGAUUUUAGGGUGGAAAGAAUUGAAGGUGACCAAUGUUGAUAGUGGGAUUAGUGUGAUAAAGCAAAGGUUGCGCCACAAAAGGAUCCUUUUGAUUCUUGAUGAUGUGAAUCAAUUAAACCAGUUAGACAAAUUGGUUGGAGAGCGUGAUUGGUUUGGCUCGGGCAGUAGAAUUAUCAUAACAACAAGAGAUAAGCAUUUGCUAACUGCUCAUCAUGUUCAUCUAAUCUACAAGGUCAAGGAAUUAGAUCAUCAUGAAGCUUUAGAGCUUUUCAGUUGGAAUGCUUUCACCAGAAAUAUGCCGGCAUAUGAUUAUGUGGAACUAGCAAGUACUGUAGUACAAUAUGGUCAAGGUCUUCCAUUAGCUUUGAUAAUUUUAGGUUCACAUCUAUGUGGUAGAAGUACAAAUCAAUGGCAAGCAGCAUUGGAUAGUUACAAAAGAGUUCCCAACCAAGAGAUUCAAGGAAUUUUCAAAAUCAGUUAUGAUGAACUAGAUGUUCUGGUGAAAGAAGUUUUCCUAGACAUUGCAUGUUUCUUCAAAGGUAAAGACAAGAGCUAUGUGGUACAAAUACUGGAAGGUUGUGACCUCAACCCUUUUUAUGGUAUUGAAGUACUCGCAGAAAAGGCCCUCCUAAAUAUUGAUAACAAAAAUCAUAUAUGGAUGCAUGACUUGCUGGAAGAAAUGGGUAAAGAUAUAGUUCGCCAAGAAUCACCAAGAGAGCCUGGCGAGCGUAGCAGAUUAUGGUUUGAAGAGGAUGUACAUCAUGUUCUAACUGAAAACACAGGUACAAACAAAAUUAAAGGUAUCAUCGUGAAGUUGGCUGAACCAUAUGAGAUACACUUGAAUGCUGAAAGCUUCUCAAAGAUGAAAAAUCUUCAAAUUUUCAUAAAUUGCAAUGCAUCCUUUACUGGGGAAGUCGAGUAUCUUCCAAACGAGUUGAGGUUCCUUGAUUGGCCAAAAUGUCCAUUGAAAUCCCUGCCAUCUAAUUUCAAUCCAAGGAAACUUAUAAAACUCAACAUGCCUUACAGCUGCAUGUCACAACUCGGACAUGGAUUUAAGAACUUGCAAAAUUUGAAAACUAUGAAUUUGGAAGGCUGCAAAUUCCUAACAAAAGUGGUCAACUUUGAGGGACUUCCAAACUUAGAGAACUUGAAUCUAAAGUACUGUACAAGUUUAGUUGAGGUUGAUCCUUCGGUUGGAUCCCUUAAUAAGCUUGUUGACUUGAGUCUUGUGGGAUGCUACAAACUUGCAAUGUUUCCUAGGAGAGCCAGCUGGAAAUCUAUGCAAAAGAUAAAUCUUCAAGAUUGCAGAAGCUUGAAGCAUUUUCCUGAAAUUGUGGACAAGAUGGAAUUCUUAACUUUCAUGAUUCUAUCCGGCUCUGGUAUCAGAGAAUUGCCAUCAUCAAUUGGAAAUCUCAUUGGCCUUGAAGAUCUGUACUUAAAAGGAUGUGAAAACCUUACAAACUUGCCAUGCAGCAUUUAUGAGUUGCGACAUCUUGAGUUUGUGUCUUUCUCUGAAUGCCCAAAACUUGUUGACUUCCCAAUUAAAGUGACUCCAGAGGUUUCUUGGAGUGCAGAAUCGUUUCUUCCGGCGCUUCCCAAGCUAAUGCUAAUUGAAUUGGGAGGAUGUAGUUUAGCAGAAAGUGAAUUCCUUGCCAGUCUUGGUUGUGUGUCCGCAUUAUUACUACUUGAUUUGUCAAGAAACAGUUUUGUUAGUCUUCCUGCAUGUUUAAGCAAAUUUGUCAACUUGCGAGAGCUUAACUUGAGUGGUUGUGACAGGCUUCGAGAAAUUCCAGAACUUCCACCAAAGGUGGAGUUGGUCAAUGCUAGGGGCUGUGUAUCACUAGAAAGAUUUUCACAGUUAUCAAACAUUUUGGAACACAAGGAGUUACAUACGAUUUGUCGAAUGGACUUGUCCAACUGUCAUAGACUGUAUAGCACUCUGGCUCAUGAUGUGGCAAAGAAGAAAAGUAUCAUACAAAAUCCGGUGGAGUCUUUUUGCUCUCUUUUUCUCACUCAUCAUCGGUCUAGACUUAGAUUCAGAUUUGUGUUUACAGGAAGUGAAGUUCCAAAAUGUUUCCACUAUAGAAAAGAUUUGAAGGAUAUCGAACUCUCAUAUAAAUAUUCCUCCCCCUUUGGGGAGGAUUAUCCAACAUGCAUUGCUUCUGGGAUGCAUAAGUUUUUUAUUCCAAUCUCUAAAAAUCUCGACUGGUUUAACUCAGGAUUGGCUGUCUGUGGUGCUGUCGAAUAUACAGAGAAUAUAUCUGGUACACGUCAUUUGACAGUCGAAAUUCGUAUCAAUGACUUUGAGGAUACGGUAAGUCUUCAUUCAACAGAGAUAGAGUCAGAUGAAAUGUGGUUGCAAUACAUCCCCUUCUCUACAUUCAUUGAUCGAUAUUCUUGGGCACAUUUAUGGGGUCAUCACGAUUUUGUUGCGCCUGCUGUAAAAUAUGUCUACUGUCGAGUUAGUGUUGACUAUAGUAGCACAAGUUCUAUGCGUUUCAAAAGCUUUGGGGUCCACCUAGUAACACCAUAUCAUGAUGAAUACACGACCUCUGAACAGGAAGUCCUUGAAGAUAUUGGUACAUCUGCAGCUAUGAGGAAUGAACAUAAUGAUUAUGACAAUGUUGGCAAUAUUGAAGACUUGGAAGAUGUGCACUUCUCCUAUAAAGAUGAUGAAGAACAUCAUUCCGAACCUCCUGCAAAUCCUCGAAAGAGGAAGACCUGCUAAUGGCAUUCAUUUCCGAGAAUAAUCAUUUCUCAGGUCAAUAUCAAUAACUUGUAUAGUAAAGCAGAGGGAGCAAGGGUAGGCCAAUAGUGAAAAAGAAACUGCAGUAAGCUAAUGCUGACCUUUAAAUAGCUGGCUUGUUAAAAAGUAUUCCGAGUUGCAGAAUGGCUCUCUUUAUGUGUUGGAGAAAUCAAGCAUGCUAAAUAAGCUAGCCUGAUUAGUUUCGUUGAUCCUGUUCUUAUUACUGCUUCAUGGUGCGGGACAAGUUGUGUAAAUCACGGAAUGUUCAAAUGUUUUUUGUCCCUUAACAAUUCUGGCUAUCAUUGGGAUGUUAACGAUUGUGCAUCCAGUAAAAGAGACGAUAUAAUUCGUGGAGUCCAUUAAUCAGAGCAUAGAAACGAAGAUUAAAGGAAGCAUGCUGUGAACAAUGCUAUUAUUGAAACAGAUUGUGCUGUGUUGCAACAUCAACUUAAUCAGUUCUCUCGCUCUAACAGUUCGGUUUUGGGUCGACUUUAGAAGACAGCUUUCAAGCUAUGGAGCUAGUCCCCAGUAUUUGAGUUGUUCAUGUCAAAAGAGAAGCUAAUAAGGCUGCUAAUUUGAUGGCAUCUUAUGCAAAUACUAAUGGGUGCUCCAAAAUAACCUACAAGCACAAGUGUGUUUACAAUGUUAUGCGGUUUCUGAGGGACCUAAUUAAAAGAUCAAUGUGUUCUAACCAAGCGGGGAGGGAAAAAAUAGACCAGUUACAUGCAAGGAAAAAUUGAUGAACUACAUGAAGAGUGGGAGGCAUUUGUCUCAGAUAAUUACCUAUAGAUCUUGGCAACAAUGUAAACAUUAGACCUGUAGCUCUAGCUAGCUAGUUAGUUGUGCUUGUUUUGUGUGAAAUGGUAACAAGUACUUUUAUUGUA